AUGAAUUCUCUUACGUACAUUUUCCCUCUCAUAACCAUCCUAUCCCUCUCUUCCUUCACGUUCGCCGCCAAAUCAACUUCUAUUGCUACCUUCGACACAAGCUAUGACGACACCUCCCUCUCCUUAUCUACAGUGACCUGCUCCAACGGCGAAAAUGGGCUCAUGACAAAAAACUACAACACCAUCGCGGACCUCCCCACACCCAACGUGGCCGGAUCUCCGACAGUCAAGGCUUGGAAUGACCCCAACUGCGGUGCCUGCUAUGCCCUGACGUACAAUAACAAGACGGUCAACGUGCUGGCAAUUGAUUCGGCGAUUGGAGAAUUUAAUGUUGCGUUGAAGGUUCUGAAUGAUUUGACAAAUGGGCAUGGUCAGGAAUUUGGGAAUGUGGAGGUUGUGUAUGAGCAGGUUCAAGCAACGAAGUGUGGGAUGCCGGCGAAAUAG